AUGGAUAUCACAAUGAGCGAUUUCUCCAUCCGAAACGAGGUGUCUCCCUCCAAGGAGCCCUACGACGUUGUGCUCACCCUUCACCACCGCGGUGAACUCUCCCUCGGCGACAACAGACGCCGUCUGGGCUUCUCAGCUUACCACUGGGGGAUUCUCCUCGUGCCCAAGGAAGGAGACAAACGCCUGUGCUACGCGUUCGACACGACCAACGCCGCAAUACCAGACACAAUGCAACGCAUCAACCUCAACCCUGAUUUCAAGUGGGUGUACAGAGUCAAGAACAAUGUCAAUCCGGAUGAAAGUGAAUCGCUUCUUAUCAGGAUCGAGAUCGGUGAACUCCGUGACGCUUCGCCAUGUACGAUCCGGUCUCUACUUGGGACCGUGCAGCUCCCCAUUGCCGGUGUAUGGCCACCUCAAAACUGUGUGGAUUGGAUUAGGUCUGCUAUCUGUAUUUUGCGAAAUCAUGGACAUGCAUCCAAGAUGGAUAACAUUGACAUGGUCAUGGCGAGGGCGUUGGCUUAUGCGGAUUCUCGAAUCGCGGAUCCUGAUAAUGCGCCUUGCAGGCUUGAUCACUUGGGGAAUAAGGUGUGA